UUUUUUCUUUUUUCUUUUUUUCUUUCUUUGUCCUCUAAAGUCUAAACUAAUUCACUUAAAUUUAAUAUUCUAAAUUCUUCUCAGCACCUUUUUAUUUCCCCUAAAUUUUCACUCACUCAGUCUCUUUGCUCUAUCAACAAUCAAAGAAAACCAUUUUCAGACAGAGUAAACACAGAAAUAGCAAACGAAUCUUCGUCUUCUUCUUUCCAAGAGCCAUAGCACUUGGGUUUCUCUUAAUUAAUAUUUUUUAUUUCCAUCCUUUUUCUUGGAAAAACAGAGAGAGAAUCUACGUCUUCUUCUGGUUCUUGGUUUUGAUGGUGGGUUUUGUUGAUUUUUGAUGUACUGGGUGUUCAUCUUGUUUUUGAAAAAAAAAAAACGGAGAAAUGGUGGAAAAAAGAAAAGAAGGAAUGGGUGCUAACAAAGAAGGAGGAGAUAAUCAGAAGAAGAUGUUUGUAGGUGUAGUAUGGAAUUGUGCAGCUGAAAUCAAAAUCUUAUUAACAGCACUCUUCUUUCUGUGUCUAACUAUUACUCUUCUUCAAUACUUUCUUCCUUCUCGUUUCUCUUUGUCUCCUUCUGAUCUUCGUCUUUGUGUUAGUAGUGUUACUAAACUUUCUAAUUCAGAACCACCGUCACUUAUUCUUUCUCCACCACCACUUAAAUCACCGCCACCGCCACCUUCUUUGCAACAAGAUGAAACCCUAGGUAACGGAGUUAUAAAACGUGCUUUCAAUCCAUUUGGUUCAGCGGCCUAUAAUUUUAUACAGAUGGGUUCCUAUAGAGGUGGUCUUAAUAGUUUUGCCAUCAUUGGUCUUUCUUCCAAGCCUCUCCAUGUUUAUGGUAAACCUCAUUACCAGUGUGAAUGGGUUCCCCUUAGUAAUAAUCAAUCUGAUGAAACUGUUUCUACUACUAUUACUACUACUGGUUACAAGAUUCUUCCUGAUUGGGGUUUUGGUCGUGUUUAUACUGUUGUUGUUGUAAACUGUACUUUUAAAGAUAACCCGAUAAUUCCUAUUGGUGGUAGUUUAAUUUUAUAUGCUUCAACUGGUGCUGGUGGUGGCUUUGGUGAUGAUGGUGGUGGUUAUACUGAUAGAAUUGAAUCAUUGAUUGAAAAACAUGAUAGUUUUAAUGUCUCAGUUUUUGAUUCACCACCGAAAUAUGAUUAUCUCUAUUGUGGGUCAUCUUUAUAUGGUAAUUUGAGUCCACAAAGAGUAAGAGAAUGGAUUGCAUAUCAUGUUAAGUUAUUCGGUGAGAAAUCACAUUUCAUUAUACAUGAUGCUGGUGGGAUUCAUGAAGAUGUUUUACAAGUAUUAUUACCCUGGAUUGAGAAAGGGUAUGUCACUUUACAAGAUAUAAGAGAGCAAGAACGAUUUGAUGGCUAUUAUCAUAAUCAAUUUCUUGUUGUGAAUGAUUGCUUACAUCGUUAUCGGUUUAUGUCCAAGUGGAUGUUCUUUUUUGAUGUUGAUGAAUUUAUUUACGUACCACCUAAGAAUACUAUUGGUUCUGUUCUUGAAAGUCUCCGAGAUUAUUCCCAGUUCACUAUUGAACAGAUGCCUAUGAUUAAUAAGCUAUGUCUCACUGAUGAUCUUGGAAAAGCUCCCAGGAAAUGGGGUUUUGAAAAAUUAGUUUACAGAGAUGUUAAAAGAGGAAUAAGAAGGGAUAGGAAGUAUGUGAUUCAACCACGAAACGUGUUUGCAACAGGAGUUCACAUGUCGCAGAAUGUAGGAGGAAGAACUCUACACAAGACGGAAAGGCGGAUCAAAUAUUUUCAUUAUCAUGGGACUAUCGCAGAGAGACGUGAGCCAUGCAGGAAUUAUAUUAAUAGUACUGAACUGAAUUUUGAAGGCGCACCUUAUGUUCUUGACUUGACGAUGAGGAAAGCGGCUGCCUCUGUAAAAAAGUUCGAGCUUAAGACCAUUGGAGACAGGCUGCAAAGAACACGGCAAUAGCAACAGUAAAUAUUAUUACUAAGCAAAAUGUGUAAAAUCAGUCUGUAAGAAGAUUCUUUGGUUUCCUUUCUGUAUUAUUCUUUAUCAAGUUUUCUACACAUUUUUGUACUAUAUGAAACAUAAGUUUGGUGAUAAAAAUGUAGUAUUAAAAUAGAUGCAUUACUUCUCAAA